AGUUGCUCGUCACAUGUUCGACACUCAAGUAGCCCCAAAAAGCCCAGGGAAUAUAGGAAUAUAGGAAUAGCCGAGCGCCAACCGAAGACCGAUCGAGUGUUGAGCAGGCACCGUUAGACAGUAAAGAAAAGCAAUUGCAACAGUGACAGUGACAGUAACUCCUCCCAACUGAGAGCCAGGUGCGACAAGCAAGUGCAGCUGUAAUCAAAUCAGAAAUCAAGCAAUCGCCUUGCCUCCAAUCAGAAACCCAUCGAAUACGAUCGCCACAUUUCUCGAAGCUUUUCGGCAAGCUUCCGCUAACCGAAACGCGUGGUCCGAAAAAAAACGAAAUAUAACGAAAAUCAAACAAGCAAAUAAAGAGGCAAGCGAAAAAGUGAAAUUGAAAUUCGAAUUCAAAGUCAAAAUCAAAUCGAAAAAAAGUUGGGAGUUAAGUGAGCGCCAUAUCGCGUGUGCAUCUGUGUGAGUGAGUGUUUCGCAGUGUCUGUUUAAGUGUAUCCGUGCAGUGCAACGGUAUUAAAGUAAACCCCCAUAAAAUCAAGAAGCCGCAAAAGAAACGGUAGAAAGAAGAGCAACUCAGAAGUUAGUUGUCAGUAAAAAUUUGAAUAAUAGACUUACGGUUUGAUUUCUACGUUACCGUAGCAAUCCAAAACCAUAAUCGAAACCGAUUACCGGAUACCGAUCGCCAUCCUGGCCAGCCGUACGCUUUUCGUGUGAGGCGCUGCCAGCGGUUCCAAGGAACGGUGAAUUCCACCCACACCCUGCUGCCCGUCGUCGAUAGCAUACCGAUACCGAUACCAUAACCGAUGUCGACUACCCAGUGCCGUGUAUAACUCUUUUGUUUUGCCUGCUCUCUAAACAGAAAAGCCCCACCAAGAGAGAUAUUGCAUUCGAUACGAUAGGAUUCGAUUCGGUUCAAGAAUAUCCCCAAUAAGAACAGUAGCAAGUACGUGUGCUCUGCGGCACUGAGAGAAACAGAAGAGACGCUUACCGCGUGGAUUUCUUUUUUUGGGGCACACGAGCUGUCCGAAUUGUUCAGGGAUAGCAAAAGCAACAACAACAGCGAAAAGAAUAGCAAGUUCGCCAAAAAGACGCAAUUAAAAAGUGUUAGCAAGUGAAAAAGAAAAAACAAAUACAACGAGCCGAAACAACAUUAAUGAAUUUCGUGAUUAAAAACAUUUGAAAAGGUACAACAAAAGCUCAUUUAAUAUAAAAAUAAGAAGAACGCAAACAGCAAGCGAAAUAUACAAAAUAUAAAAUCGCGGCGCCAACAACAAAACGUGGCACAAACGAAAUACAAAAAAAAGCUCCACCAACGAAAACGAAAACGAGAGCGAAUGCGCGCGCGCGAGUGAGAUAGAAAAAAGCUGAGCAAAGGCAAACGAAAGCAACGCCGUGCCGUGAGAGACGCAGCACAGUGAUCGAGUGAGAGACAACAACAAAACAAAACCGCAAGCAGAAGCCAAAAGCCAAUUGCGCACGGAACGUAGAACGGAGAAAACUAACGGAACUCUAACCAAAGCAGCAGGACGGAUAACGGUUAACCAGGUUAAAGCAGCGCACAAAGAGACAAUGGUAAACAAGGUGAGUGGCAAGAAGGCGGACAAGGACAAGGAGAGGCAGCGAGAGGCGGCAAUGUUGCCGGCGGCGGGCAAUAACAGCAGUAACAACACAAGCAACACUACCAACAUUGGCAACACAAUCAACGUCAGCAAUCCUGGCAACAUAACCACCAAUGUCAGCAACAAAACCAACAACAAGACUAACAACAAAGGCUCGAAUGCCAAGGCCAACAAAAAGAAUGCAGGCAAAGGACAACAACAACCUCAGCAGCAGCAGCAACAGCAGCAACAGCGCAGCAGCAAAAAAGCUAAGCCGCAGCGGCAACAGAUCUUCUUGCAAUCUUUGCCACGCGACACCAGCUACUACAGGAACAACAGCAACAGCAACAGCAACAGUAAUAACAUCAACAGCAGCAACAACAAAAAUGUUAAUAACAAAAGUGGUAGCAACACAAUUAGCACAAACAGUGGCAUCACUAUGGACACACCGGCCACACAGGAUAUUGCAGUGGCCAAGAUUAAUCCCGCCGAGCUGCUGACCGCGGCUUUGGCCGUGCCCUGUGCCAAAUGCUCCAAGCCAUCGAUGAUCUCCAGUUUGAUCACCGCCGUGACCGCCACAUCCUCCUCCUCCUCCUCCGCCUCCGCCUCGUCCUCUGUUUCCUCCUCAUCGGUGUCCACCAUCUCGUCCAGUUCCGGAUCUGAGACCGCCAGCAAUUACAGUGAUCUCAAUUAUCCGGAACCAACUGUCUACUCCGGCAAGCAGUAUCGCAAAUCCAAGUCCUAUAUGGGCGUGUCCCAGUACAACGGCUCCGUAAAUGCAUAUCAAUCGGGAUCGACAUCGAGUCGCGGGCCCAGCACCGGGGGCAACAAUGGUAACCACGUGGCAUACAGACGCUCCCACAGCGAUCGGCGGAACUCGUUCGAUCGAAGCUUCGCCGAAAGGAAUCGCGACUUCGUGCCCAUCGUGCCGCCACCGCGUCCGGUCCUGUCGUCGUCCAACAUAGCCGGAGUUAUGGCCAGUUCCACCAAGCUGACGAUUAUAGAGCGGUUCGGCAAAGGACGUGUCGCAUAUCCCAUAAUGCAGUGCGGGACACUAGACGGAGCCGAACCGUUAUAUCAUCAGCAGCGCAGCAACAGAAUGGACGUUUAUCAGAUCGAUGAUGGUUUCCACUCGGACGGUGGCACCGAGACACCACCGCCAUCGCCCAGCUCGGGCUCAUCGAUUGCCUCAACAUCGGACCAUGGAUCCCUGGAGAGCGUCGAUACCGGUGGGACACAGCGGCUGGCCGUGCUCUCGUUCGAGCAGGUGAGCAAGCUGCACAACGUGAUGGACGAGAAGGUGGCCAUACAUGGACGCGGUAACUUUCCCACACUGGAGGUGACGCUGAAGGACCUGGUCAAUCUGGUGCGCCGCAAGCUGGAGGCAGAGGUGAAUGCCGGCGGCGCCGGGGUGUUAGUUAAGGACAUCCGUCUCAAUGGCGGGGCAGCUAGUCAUGUUUUAGCCAGCGAGGAUCAGCCGUACAAUGACCUGGAUCUGAUAUUCGCCAUCGAGCUGAGUUCGCCGCGCGUCUUUGACCGCGUCAAGGUGGCCGUGCUCAACACAUUGCUCGACCUAAUGCCGGAGGGCGUCUGCAAGCGACGCAUCUACACGUGCUCCCUGAAGGAGGCCUAUGUCGGCAAGAUGGUGAAGGUGAAUAAUAACAAUGACGGUGACCGCUGGUCGCUCAUCUCGCUGGGCAAUUCGCCAGGACACAAGAAUGUCGAGCUGAAGUUCGUCGAUACCAUGCGGCGACAGUUUGAGUUCUCCGUGGACUCGUUCCAAAUAGUACUCGAUUCGUUGCUACUCUUCUACGACUGCGCCGCUCUGCCCAUCUCGGAGAACUUCUAUCCGACGGUGGUCGGCGAGUCGGUGUAUGGAGACUUCCAGGAGGCCCUCUACCAUUUGCAAAAGAAACUGAUCUCAACGCGUCAACCGGAGGAGAUACGAGGCGGCGGCCUGCUCAAGUACUGCAAUCUAUUGGUGCGCAACUACAAGGCCGUCGACUCGCAGCUCAUCAAGACCCUUGAGCGAUAUAUGUGCUCGCGCUUCUUCAUCGACUUCCCGGACAUCAAUACGCAGACGACCAAGUUGGAGGCCUACUUGCGUAACCAUUUCUGGGGCGUCGAUGAGGAACCGCUGCAGUAUCAGUACCUGAUGCAUUUACGCGAAGUGGUCGAAAUGUCGACUGUCUGCCUGAUGGGGCACGAGCGACGACAGACGCUCCAUCUCAUUCAGUCGCUGGCCGCCCAGGUGCUCUUCAACAAACAGGAGAAGCAACACCAAGAACAGUACCAACAACAGCAACAGCAACAGCACCAGCAACACCAGCAUCAGCAACAUCAACAGCAGCAGCAGCAGCAGCAACACCAGCAGCAGCAGCAGCAACAGCAACGUCAGCAGCAUCAGUUCCUGGACACAGCGCAGCAGCUGCAGCAGGCACAGACGCAACAGCAGCCGCAGCAAGCCACCACAUUGACUUUGGUCUCACAGGCACCGCCAACCGGCCAGGCGCCACAGACGAUCUACGUGCAGCAGGCCGCUCCCGCUGCCGUCUGUUGCACGAGCAGCACGGAUCAGACGGCGACAGCCGCUCCACAGACCAUACAAAUACAGGCCGGUCCGCCGGGACUCAUCUAUGCCAAUGGCGUCUACUAUGCACCUGUGAUCCCCAGCACCAUCUGCACGUGCAACUCCACCUGGCUGAGCACGUGAUUGGAGCAGCAGCAGCAGCAUCAUCAUCAGCAUCAGCAUCAGCAGCAGCAUCAGCAGUUCCAUCAGCAACAUCAACAGUGGUCAGAGAAUACAUUGGGAUCGUCGCUUUUGGCUGAAACUGAAACGGAACCACCACUAGAAACAGCACUUAUAGCACCACAAUCAUCACAGUCACUAAUAGCACCCGGAACCCAAGUCCCUCACCAUAACAUACCCGCGAACAGUCAACCAAUUAGCACCAGCAAUAGCAGCAAGAAAAAGAAUAAGACUCAGACUCAAACUCAGACUCGGCAAGGAACUGAAGCAACAGCAAUGGCAGGAGAGAUCACUACAGGAACAGAAGCAUCAAUAGUAGCAGUAGCAGCAGCAACCAUGACAAGGACAUCGAAGAAGAGCAACA